AUGUUCAUUCUUCAUUCCUUCUGCACCCUCAUCCUUCCAUCUGAGAUUCCCAGCGGAGGAGCCCCACGGGUCGCCAGCACGACUCUUGUGGGCCGCGUGGCGGUUUUGCCAGCGCCUCGGGCGACCGCCGGGGGCGCUGUGGUGCACCGUCGCGGCCGGGGGAGGCACUCUGGCCUUGCGGCGUCGCUGCUGCUUCCGCCUUCCCGGCAGCCCCUGCUCGGCGACCUUUCUCAGUUGGGUGCGGAUUUGUGGUGCCCCCUGAGCUGUCUUUGCUGCGCCAAGAUAAAAGAAAGAAGGCUGCGAAAGCUGCAGCGUCUGCUCAUGAUCAUCAUUAACCAGCUUACUUGGAGUACCUGUGAAAGAAAACAUCAGUCUGCCUGUAAAUUUGAGCAAGCCGUGUUAGAUGGGGCACGUGGACCAUCACUGUACACUUGUAUGAGUACCAUUUACUUCAUGGCAUGAAUAAAUGGAUCUGUGAGAUGCUCUGCUACCUGGUACUGCUUUCACUGCGUUCCCCCGCCCAGCCCCUCCAGUGUGCCAGGCAUACUCUUUGUAGAUCAUUUGUCAUGCAGCAGAUGCAGUCAGAGUCUCACUGAGCCACCCGUCAUUAUAAAAUCAUUAUCUCAGUUGUCACAGGAGCUGGUGAUCAGGAUCCAGGCACUGCUCAAUAAACAUGUAUUAAACU